CGCAGGCGCAGUGGAGCCGCCGCAGCUGCGCAGGGAAGCGUCGGAGGGUCGGGGCAGGUCCGGGGGCGCCGCCGGGAUGGACGAGGACGUGCUGACCACCCUCAAGAUCCUCAUCAUCGGAGAGAGCGGCGUCGGCAAGUCCAGCCUUCUGCUGCGGUUCACGGAUGAUACAUUCGACCCAGAACUUGCAGCAACAAUUGGUGUGGACUUCAAGGUGAAAACUAUUUCAGUUGAUGGAAACAAAGCUAAACUGGCAAUAUGGGACACUGCAGGUCAGGAGCGGUUCAGAACAUUAACACCCAGUUACUACAGAGGUGCACAAGGUGUUAUCCUAGUUUAUGAUGUCACGAGAAGAGAUACUUUUGUCAAGCUGGAUAACUGGUUAAAUGAAUUGGAAACGUACUGCACAAGGAAUGACAUAGUGAAAAUGUUAGUUGGAAACAAGAUUGAUAAGGAAAACCAUGAAGUUGACAGAAAUGAAGGCCUCAAAUUUGCAAGAAAACAUUCCAUGUUGUUCAUAGAGGCAAGUGCAAAAACAUGCGAUGGAGUACAGUGUGCCUUUGAAGAACUUGUUGAAAAAAUCAUUCAAACUCCUGGACUGUGGGAGAGUGAAAGCCAAAACAGAGGUGUAAAGUUAUCAAACAAGGAAGAAGGAUAUGGAGGAGGAGGAGCAUGUGGUGGAUAUUGUUCUAUGUUAUAAACUUGGGGAAGCUUAUUCUUUGCGUAUUUAAACAGAUAGUGACAUCUUUCUGUACAUGAAGUCAUUAAAUGCUAUUUUUAGGGACCUUGCAGUUUGCACAUAUUUGUUUUAUAUCAUGGCAGUGAACACUUGUAGGAGAAAUGUUCUGCAGCUUUCCCAGUUUGAAAAUGUUAUGGUAAGCAUGCCCAAUUUGCAAUCUUCAGGUUUUUAUAAGUAGCAUAAAUAAAGUGCAAGAAAAAAAUGCACUAAAAAUUUUACAACUGUAUCCAUUAAUUGUGUAACUAUUCUAAACAAAUCCAUCUAACAAACACAUUACUGCAUUGUCUGCUCUUUGUCUCAUUUUUAAAUUCUGUUGAAAUUAUAGAACUAUAUAGUGUGCACAGAUCUUGCAAACAGUGUGAGCUAUAAAUGUUACAUUUCAUUUCUUCUAGUAAAUGCUUUUUUUAUGGUAUUGAAACCAACAGGAUUAUACAGUUUUUAGACAAACCUGCUAAACUUUCAACAGAGCUGUCUAAAAUACAAAUUGGCACAGACCAUAGGUAUCGGCACCUUCUUGAAGAAAUGCUUUGAAAACUUCCUUUGCAAAGCUGGAGAACGCCAUGUUUUCCUUUUAAUCAUCACUUCAGUUGAUGGCUUAACUGGAGUUUUAAUCCUGUGAUAUUUAUAUGCUAAAUUUGUGGUACUCUUGCAUUCUAGUUUUUUAUGAUGCAUUCUGCUCUAGACUCGCUGCAGAAAGUCUUCAUUAUUGGCAAGGGGUCUGAGUGAUGUCUUUGUUCUUUCAUUGUGAAUCAAUUUGCUACACCUCAGUAUGGAUUCCUAAUUUCUGAAAUGUUUGUAAUAUAAGUUUAUCUCAACUGUAGCUCACUGUGGCUGUGAGAUCUCUAUCACGUCUGCUUUAUGCAGCUACUUGUUCAAAAAUAAAACUUCCUGUCACAGACACUAAAUGGGAAGCUAUAGGGCUUCUUGAUCUCUGUAUGGAAAAAUACUAUUGCAAUGAGUAUUCACUUGAAUUUACUGUAUCAAAGCCAAUGGUUUGUUUCAGAAGACUUGUAUAGACUUAAUAAAUUUUUUUCCACAGUA